AUGACGCAUACAAAGAAAGCAAGCAACGAUAACAAUCCUUUUGAAAUAAAGACCUUGCGAAAGAAAUUAUCACAACAUUUCGCCGGCAGGACUACAACGCCACCCAGCACAGAGUCUAAAGACUCCAAACCGAUCAUAGUUACAAAGGUGCAAUUGAUUGAAUUCCAUGAUACGAAGACGGACUUUGUUAUGGAGAUUGAUGAGGAUGGUAAGAAGCUAGUCCGCCGAUAUGACGCCUUCAGUGUGAUGAAGCUUCAUGGAGCAGAGGAGGCAAUUGAGAAGUUCGGCUCCCAUAUUCUGCCCAAGGAAGGGCUACAGCGGAAAACUUAG